AUGGCUUCUCAGCCCCCUGAACUCCCCUGGAAAUGGGGUGGGGUGGUCUCCCCGGUUGGACUGAGCCCCUCUGUGCUACCAAGGCCUGACACUGUGAAUGAAGGAAGAAAUGCUUGGGGAAAUUCUCUCACGGGGAGCCAUCCUGGCGCUGACUGGUCCAGAUUCCACGUUCCAGAUUCACCCUCCACUCCUUCAGAGAGAAGGAGUCCAAGAGAAAGGCAGGGCUACCAUAUUGGAUUUGAACGUGGCCUUCCUGUGGAAGACCCAGCCUUCCCCACCGACUUCCCACCAAGCCGAGGGAUGGAAAGAAGUGGACACGGGAAUGUGCUAGAACCUUCUGGAAUGUUCUCUAAAGGUUCUUUUCUACCCAGGGGAAGUUCGCGGAUGGAAGACACAGAGCCGAGCGAUUGCUCCUUGGAAAUCCUCGUGGUCCAGCGAGUCGGCCCAGCGAGCCGGACUUCCUUCCGAGACCACGUGGAGAAAAUAAGAGAGCUGUAUCGGGCAGAGGACAUCCACUCAAAUUCGGGAACCAUCUGGAGCCCUACGACCCCUUUUCCACGCCAGCUCUUCUCCAACGUCUGGUUCAGCGUGCACAUCUCCACAGAUGACCCGCCUCGGGUGAUGCAUCUCACCCCGCCAGCGAAUUAUCUCGCCAAAGACCUGAUCGCCGAAGUUCUACACUUCUUUCCAAACGACCAGCUCUUUCCCAAAGAUCAUCUUCUGCAAAUAAGCGGUUCGGAGGACUUUUUACAGAGCGAUCACCGCCUCGGGAGCCACCAAGUGUUUCAGAAAGAGAAAUCGGUGAUUCAACUUCACCUGCAGAGACGUGGGGCCGCGCUGGGGAAGUUCGCUCGACAGCCCGAGGAUGACCACCACCGUUUCCACGCCAGCCAGCUUCUAGAACAUUCGCCCAGCGGGACCGUGUCCAGACAGCAUCUCUGCACGGCUCUCAGAAGAUUCCACGUCCAGGUGGAUCGCCUGCUGCACACCCAGCACUGUGUGAAGGGCCUGACCGAAGAAGUGAGGGACAUCUGUGGGGUUCUGGGGUGCAUCGAGACCAGACAGAUCACAGAGGCAAUCAACAACCUGGGGCUCGUCGGCGUUGCUGUCCAGAGAACAGCAGAGAAUGUUCAGCCAGAUUCGGAGACGUCAGGAAAAGGCCUGAUCAAGAAAAGAACAGUGGAACUUUCCGGGGCCAUCCACCAGCUAUUGGAUGUCUACUGCAAUAGCUUUUAUACAGAUUUUCAGCUCCUGUCUGCACCUAGAAGUUCUCCUCCCAUCGACCCCGGACUCCAUUCCCACCUUAGCUUCACUGUGUGCACCGUUUACAACUUCCCGCAGCCGUGGGUACACAGCUAUAAUGCAUUCUCUUUUUCCUGCUGGCUUACGUAUGCUGGAAAGAAGCUAUGCCAAGUGCAAAACUACAGGACUAUUCCAGCUAGAAAAUUAUUCUUUUUCUUGGUCAACUGGAAUGAAAUGAUCACUUUUCCUCUUGAAAUAAAAUCGCUUCCCAGGGAAUCAAUGCUCACUGUGAAACUGUUUGGGACUGUCCACGAACAUGACAGUAGACAUUUACUGGCCUGGACCAGUCUCCCAUUGUUUCCAAAAGGGAGCACCCUUGGGGGGCCCAGACUCUUGAGCAUGACGCUGCAGAAGGAGCCACCCGUGGAGACCAUCGGGGCAGGAGUGUGGGACGCGAGCCAGGCAUCUCCACUGACCCUCCAGAUUGAUUUUCCAGAAACGGGAUGGCGGUCUAUGAAGCCUGAUUUGGAAGAGAGCAGCGUGGAUUUUGAAGACCCACCCCAGGAGUGUUUAAAACACAUCGCCAGACUUUCACAGAAGCAAUCGCCCCUACUGCUCUCUGAGGAAAAGAGGAGAUAUUUGUGGUUUUACCGCUUCCAUUGCAAUCCUGAAAACUGUUCCCUUCCUUUGGUGCUGGGCAGCGCCCCGGGCUGGGACGAGAGAACUGUGGUGGAAAUGCAAAUCAUCGCGAGAAGAUGGACAUUUCUUCAUCCUUCAGAGGCUCUGGGCCUGCUGACCGCCAGUUUCCCAGAUCAAGAAAUUCGCAAAGUGGCGGUUGAUCAGCUUGACCGACUCCCGAACGAUGAACUACAGGAGUACCUUCCACAGCUGGUUCAGGCUGUGAAGUUUGAAUGGAGCCUGGAAAGCCCUCUGGUGGACCUUCUACUGCAUCGCUCUUUGCAGAGCGUUCGGCUGGCUCAUCGGCUGUACUGGCUGCUGGAGGAUGCCCUGAAUGAACCUUAUUUUCAAAGCUGGUACCAGAAGCUGUUGGCUGCUCUCCAAUUCUGUGUCGGAAAAGCCUUGAAUGAGGAGUUUUCCAAGGAGAGGAAACUUGUCCACCUUCUGGGAGACAUUGCGGAAAAAGUCAAAACUGCCAACGACUCUCAAAGACAGGAAGUCCUGGAGGAAGAGAUAGGCAGGUUAGAAGAAUUCUUUCAAGAUGUAAAGACUUGCCAUCUUCCUCUAAAUCCUGCCUGGUGUGUCAAAGGAAUUGAUCGCAAU